ACAUCUUCGCAAAAAACAAAGCAAACUCAAUAUUGCCAUAAUGUUGUUCUUUUGAACCACGAGUGUGAAUAGUGUAGCUAACCGUAACAGUCAGUGUGCGACUUUAUACAAUGGCUCAGUACAACUUUAAAAAGAUACAGGUUGUACCAACUUCUAAGGAUUUUAUUGAUAUUGUACUUUCGAAAACACAACGCAAAACACCAACAGUUGUUCACAAGAAAUACAAAAUCAGCCGCAUACGUGCUUUCUACUUACGGAAAAUCAAGUACACACAACAGAAUUACCACGACAAGCUUACUAUUAUUUUAACAGAUUUUCCAAGAAUGGAGGAUAUCCAUCCAUUUUAUGCUGAUUUGAUGAACGUACUGUAUGAUAAAGACCAUUAUAAACUUGCCCUGGGCCAAGUUAAUACUGCUAGACAUUUAAUUGACAAUGUGAGCAAAGAUUACACACGCUUGAUGAAAUACGGAGACUCACUCUACAGAUGUAAGCAACUAAAAAGAGCUGCUUUGGGAAGAAUGUGUACCAUUAUGAAGAGGCAAAAUCAAAGUUUACAAUAUUUGGAACAAGUGAGGCAACACUUGUCUCGCUUGCCUUCUAUUGAUCCUAAUACACGAACUUUGCUACUUACUGGAUUUCCUAAUGUUGGAAAAUCUAGUUUUAUGAAUAAAGUUACCAGAGCCGAUGUCGAAGUACAGCCAUACGCUUUUACAACUAAAUCAUUAUUUGUUGGACACAUGGAUUAUCAGUACCUAAGAUGGCAGGUUGUUGACACACCAGGAAUUCUUGAUCAUUCGUUAGAAGAAAGAAAUACAAUUGAAAUGCAGGCGAUCACAGCUCUCGCUCAUCUUCGUGCUGCCAUACUAUAUGUAAUGGAUAUCAGCGAACAGUGCAAUAAAUCGUUGGAAGAACAAAUUGCACUAUUUAAUAGCAUAAAACCGUUAUUUACCAACAAGCCCAUACUUAUUUGUUUGAACAAAAUUGAUGUACUCACGAUAGACGACCUAUCUGAAGAGAAGAAAGAAUUAUUCAAACCCUUGGAAGAGGAAGGAAUACCAAUUCUUACAAUGAGUACGGUAUCUGAAGAGGGUGUUAUGACAGUAAAGACUGAGGCUUGUGAUCGCCUAUUAGCUCAAAGAGUCGAGGUGAAGUUAAAAAGUAAAAAUGUCAACGAUGUUGUCAACAGGCUGCAUGUCGCUAUCCCAAAACCUCGCGACGACAAAGAAAGACCUCCAUUUAUACCAGAAGCUGCAAAGAAAAGAGCCAAAGCAAUGGAGGUUGAUCAAUUCAAGAAAUUGCAGAAACAUUUCGAACAAGAGCUUAUGGAAGAUUACCGUUUUGAUGACCGCGCGCUGUAUUUGGUGAAAGACGACGAAAAAUAUGAUAUCGUGCCUGAAAUCCUAAACGGAAAAAAUAUUGCGGAUUACAUUGAUCAAGAUAUAUUUGAAAAGCUAGAGAAUUUGGAGGAGAAAGAGGGAUUAAGAGAGGCCGCAGGGUUUUACGAUUCUGAAGGGGAAGAGCUUGACUCAGAAGACGAAGAGAUACGCAAAACAGCUGACAAAAUUCGUCAACAGAAGAAAAUUAGAUUACAAGAGCAUCGCGACAAAAAAUCCAGAGGGACGAAUGCUGCAAUACUUCCAAGAAAGGCCUCUAUAAAGGUCGAAACGUUCGGAAGACCUCAGAAGCGAAAAGCAGAAACUAUGGAUUUCUCUUCUGAUGAAGAUGUUGAUAUGGAGAGCGCGGAAUGUCCUGCCCGAUCACGGUCAGCCAUAAAAAAACUCAAGAAGAAACGCAAAGCUGAAGCGUCACAGGCUAGCAGCGACGCACGUGCGCACAGUUCGAUGGGUACACCACGUGACAAAGGUGGUAUUGUCGAUCCCGAAAGGCAAGCAAAAGUCAAGAAGAUAGCCAAGUUGGGUCAGCGGAAAUUAAAUCAAUUUGGAAGAGCUGGUGAAUCCGAUCGUCAUAUCCACGUAAAGAAACCAAAACAUUUAUUUUCAGGAAAGAGAAAGCAAGGGAAAACACAACGUCGAUGAUGGUUACUAUAAAAUAAAACUUGUGUAAUCAUAUACAAUAAUAUUAUUUGCAUAAAAACGGCUUGUUGGAAAA